AUGGACUGUGACCCGAUAGCCGGACUUCACCAAGAGCGCCCAACCACCACACCUCACCAAACCCAAGGCUCCCUCCGCCACACCCACAACCACCCCUCAACUACACCAGAAAACCAGCCAGCGCGACCAACAGAUUCCACACAUCAGAGCACCCCGCUGACCCGUAAUUUCGGCUACACUAGAGCCCACCCGAGACACCCCUCACACACUACCCGACAACUAUAUAAACGGCACAAGCGCGGUAACUUAAGAAUAUAG